AUGGAACUCUUGGAUCUCCCGCCGGAGGUCUUUCAGCAGAUCGUCGCGAUCUAUGUCUCCACUGUCGGCAUUCGUAAGGCGGCGAAGGCUCGAGAAACGUCAAAAACCUUCUUGUGCUACAUCAACGAGGAGAUGUUUGCGCGACAACCUACCAACAAGUUCACCACCCGUGUGCCAAAGAAGCUUCUCACAAAGAACAUGGCCCUGUUCUUGGAAUACCGCAGUCAAGCAUUAUACGGCGCCCCGGACAUUCUACCAUCCAUGAUUCAGAAGACGACGAUGAAAUUCAUGGAAAUCACCGGCGAGACAUCCAGCGAUGUAGGAUCGAAAUGGAUCAAGCGAGUGACAAAACAAGUCGUUCAACAUUGCGGUGUCGUUAUGUAUCUUGCCAUAACACCAACCGCAAAAAGGCGUAAGGACUUCUUCAACAACUCCUGCAAGAACUCAGAAGACUGUGAUGCAUUGAUGCUUGCAAUCUCUCUCGACGACCUAAAUCUCGUCUCUGCCAUGCUCCGCCGAGGUAUCAACCUUUGGAUGAAAUCCCCUACCUUGGGAUAUCCUCUCCACCUUGCCGCACGUAUAGGAAACCUGGAUGUUUUGAGCGCUUUGCUAUCAUCAGGCGUAACAGACAAGAGCGAGUUGUCAAGUUUGCAUUGUAGCAACAGGAUCGGCGAAGCUAUCUUUGCAGCCAAACACGACACAGAAUCGAGGAUUGCUAUCGCGCUAUUGAAUUUCUACACCCUUCAUGUUGGCCGGCCGUCUCUGUCCUGGUGCAGUCGCAUGAUAUAUCACGCUGUCUCUGGAAACGAACCCAAGUUUCUUGAUGUAAUCUUGUCUCUUGAAGUUCCCCGGUCGUGGAAAGAGAAGUAUAGGGAAAACGUGAUGUUCGGUUUCAGGCGCUGCAAAAGCCCAGAACCUAUACUUCAUGUUUGCAUCGACCGGGAUUUGAUAUCUCUUUACGGAGAGUAUCGCUGCUACGAAAGUGAUGCGAGGCAAACCCUAGCUGAGCUUGCAGUAAAGUACCAUAAUACUGAGAUGGUAAAUGUUCUCUUAAAAUUCAACAAAUCGUCAUAUUUCUGGGACGCACCUCUUCGAUUAGCAGUGGAAAGAAACUGUGCGGACAUCGUGCAGAUUCUUCUACACCAUGGAAUAGACCCCGAAGGGCCAGGUUGGAAAUUACACCGGCAAAGCCUGUGCGAGGUUGCUAAGAGCCGGUCAGAGGUUUAUUUCAUGGUCAAAAAAGCCCUGGAAAAAAAGAUCCGCAGGCUCGGGGAAGACUAUGAAGCGCCACUGUACCUUAUCUGGGAUCCGAAGAAGCAAGCAGAUGUUCGAGUCGCCUACAGCUUCCACGCUCCCAAGCUCUGA